AUGCGUACCGGACUUGUACGGCUCGCACGAUCACUGCCAAAGAUGCUGGAACCACUGCUAGUGCAACACAAUUUUGGUGUCCAUCGUCCGAAGUUGGCAGUAACGUGUUCCGACAUUCCCACCCGCUACAUCGAACUGCUGCAGCAAAAAUGUGACGUGAUCGUGUGCCAAGGUACAAACCGUGCCGAUAUACUGCGUUCCAUUUCCGGUGCCGAAGGAAUUCUAUGGCUAACGGCGGAUCGACUCGAUUCGGAAGCUCUGGAUGCAGCUGGGCAUCAGUUGAAGGUGGUCUCUACGAUGACUUCCGGUAUGGAUUAUGUAGAAGCGGAAGAGUUUGUCAAGCGUGGUAUUGCUCUAGGACAUACACCAAAAGUUGUAAAUGAUCCAGUCGCGGACAUUGCGAUCGGGUUAAUGCUAGCUGCGGCUAGAAGGUUUCACGAAGGUCGGCUGAAAAUCGCCAACGGGCAGUGGGAAAUGCGUCCGCAGUGGAUGCUGGGACAGGAUGUACCCGGUUCGACGGUGGGCAUCGUUGGAUUUGGUGGCAUUGGACAGACGAUUCUAAAGCGCCUCAAAGGAUUUGACAUCGGACGGUGCCUGUAUACGGGUAGAAACCGAAAGCCGGAAGGUGAUGAAGCGGGUGCGUUGUUUGUGGAUUUAACCACUCUGCUACGGGAAAGUGACUUCGUGUUCGUAGCCUGUCCACUGACGGAGCAAACAACCAAGAUGUUCAAUCGCGAAACAUUUGCUCUGAUGAAACCUUCCAGCGUGUUGAUCAAUGUAGCCCGUGGAGGGAUCAUUGAUCAAGUAGCAUUGAUAGAAGCACUGAAAAGUGGUACGAUUUUUGCUGCCGGAUUGGAUGUCAUGACUCCGGAACCGUUGGACACUAACGAUCCACUCCUAUCGCUACCGAAUUGUGUUGUGGUUCCUCACCUAGGAACAGCUACUAAACAAAGCCUACUGGAUAUGUUUACCAUCACCGCUAACAACGUUCUAUCCGUUCUCGCAGGUGGAUCGCUUGUUGCGCCGUUCCGUAAGUGA